CAAACUUUUCUUUUUCCUUCAAUUCUAUUCACACACACAAUAUAUAUAUUCUUUAUUGUUACACUUCUCUUAUAACUUUGUUAAACUUGAAACUACUCUCUCUUUCUCUUCAACUAAACUAACUAAUAACAACAUGAAUGACAACACUAGUUGUUUGUGUUAUUUCCAUCCAAAAGAAGUGGUUGUGGGAGUAUGUGCUUUGUGUUUGAAUGAAAGACUCUUAAUCUUAGCUUCUAAACAAGAAAAGAUGAUUAAGAAGAAGAAGAAGAAGAUUAUUAUUAAUUUAAGAGAAAAGAUGAAGAUUAAUAAUGAUGAUGGAGAAGAACAUUCAAGAAUGCAUUAUCUACCAAAGAUAUUUGCUUUAACCUCUUUUUUCAAUCGUCUUGAUAUUAGACACUCACGCAAAGAGACUAUUCAUGAUAUUGAUGUUUCUUCCACUUGUAGCUAUGAAGAUUCUUUUAUCUCAAUAAAGUUUGAAAAUAAUGGAGUAGGCUCAUGGGAGAAGGGAGCAGUUGGCACAGUACCAAAGUUGUCACUAAUUAAGCAUUGUGACAAUAACAAUAAUAAUAUGUCUAAUAAAGUUGCAUUAAUAGAGCAUGUUACAAAGCCACGUAUGCAACUUAGGUGGCGAAAGCGGAUUGGUCACAUCUUCCAUCUCAUUAAAUUAAAGAGAUCAUCUACCAAAGGUGGUAAUGCUAAUCAUGUGGGCACCAAAUUAGAAGGUGUGAAGGUGAGAUAUGGAUGGAUAAGGACUCUUACAAAGAGAAAAACCAAACAAUGAAUUAUAUAUAUAUAAUUCAUAACAAGGCAAAGCAAAAACCAAAAGAGCUAUAUGUCUAAGAAAAAAGUAAAAAAAGAGGGCCAAGCUUUCAUCCACUUAUUACUAUCUCCUAGCUACCUUUUUAAAGUGUGAAUGGAAAUAUAGCUUUUGUGAAGAUUAGCUUGGCUUUUUCCCCUUUUUUAUUUGUUAUUUUUAUAUCUCCUUUCACUUGUUUGGCAUAUGUUGUAUUCUAAAAUUAAUAUGUGAGACAAUCCCAUGUUAUAGCCACUUCUUGAUUUGUCUAAGAAAAAAGGAUAAUGCUCAAAACAUGAAUUGAUUUCUUCCUCUUAUCCUACAUCUAUAUGCAUGUCUAU